GCCUCAGUAUUAACGAAAACUGAUAUGCGGCGAAGGUUAUGAUGAUGAUAGACCCGUGGACGUGUUUGUAGGCAUGUGGACGUGUUUUUGUUUGCUUUGACUCCCAUGUAUCUGGAAUCUACAAGAAACAGAAGCUCCCGAGAUGUUUCCCACAAGACUAUUGAGGUCACUGCGCUAUUGUCUUGUUUUGGCGGCUAUUACUGGGACCGGUUACGUCAUGCUGGGCCACCCGAACAGACCGUACAUACAGCAUCGACCCCAGCAAAAGGUGUCGGAAGAACAACCCAUAGCUGAGAACAGCGUUCUCAUCUCAGACACGCUAUACUGGCCCAAACCGCCCACAGCGAUGGUCAUCAGUAACAGGUUAUGGACAGGACUCCCCAUCACAGAGGCCAAAGAGACAACCUUUUCUCUCGACAAUCCGACAGCAUCGUACUUUGUAGGCGAUUUUGUUAACGUCACAAUCGUCGUUCGAGACAAAGACGGACAGCCCAAAAUCCAUGGAGGGGACUACUUCCAGGUCAGAGUUCAGAGUCCUGACGGCGACAAUGCUGCGGCAGGACAUGUCAUCGAUUAUGAAAAUGGAACAUACACUGCACAAUUUCGUCUGUACUGGGCUGGGGAGGUCAAGUUCAACAUCCGACUGGUUCAUCCUAGUGAAGGCUGUUAUCUACUGAACUACAUGUGGGAGGUUUGUCCGCUCCGACUCACCUUCACAAGUACCUUCAGGGAGAACAACGGAUCGUCAGAAACAACAGAAUGCAACGUAUUCCUUGAUGACGACGUAGAACAAUGUGACUACUCGGAGCCAAGAUCUGGCGUGUCCUGGGCAUGCGUCAAACCCAAGACGCUUCCCUGCAGUUCCCGAGUGGACCACAAGGUUGACUACGAUCUCUCAAAUCAUCUCAACAAGUUGUGCUUCCCCUUAUCGUCCGAACAGAGGCACAUGAUCAGUUCACUGGUAACAUACGAUGAGGAGAAAGGAGGGACCUUUAAGAAGACCAUAAAUGGAAGUCCAGAUUCUAUCAACGUUAAAUCAACCUCUGUACCCAUCACGGUAUCCCUGCGCCGCCCCCGGUGUGAGGCAGGUAUCCCAGCACCCACUGCGCCCACCACCGGCUUCUGGCAGCGGGACGUGUGGACUUCCACAGUGUGUCACAACAGGCAUUUCCCGCGCAGGGAGCAUUACUACAAAUGUCUAAAGAACAAGGAGCUGUACUUCAUGGGUGACUCCACGGGCAGGCAGCUGUACGAGUUCCUCGUCUUCAGCAUCCUGAAUACCACAUUCAGUGCAGCGGACCCCAGCAUCACGAGGCGUGCAGGUCCGCACUACGCUGUCCACACGCCCAGCAACCUCACCCUCCGGUUCCGUGUCCACGGGCCUCCGCUCAGGACAGGCGGCAUCAACGUCACCCAUAUCAACUAUCUCGCAAACGAGAUCAACUCCGUUCGUGGAGGGUCUGAUUACGUCAUCAUCAUAACGAUGUGGGCCCAUUUCACCUCCUUUCACUAUGACAUCUAUAUCAAGCGGUUGCGCGGCAUCCGAACAGCUAUCCUAAACCUUCUGCACAGAAAGCCUGAUACUCUCAUCGUCUUUAAGACCGCAAGCACGCGCACAGGGGUUCCAAGGUUAAGCAGUGACUUCUUUUCCUCUCAAAUGAACAAAAUCAUUCGUAAGGUGUUCGAAAAUAUGAAGAUAAUCAUACUGGAUGUGUGGGAUUUGACACUUUCUCACAAAAACGAGGACAUUAUUCACCCAAAGCAAGUUAUUGUACGUCAAGAGGUGGAACUGCUUCUCUCGUAUAUAUGUCCAGAUUAGAGCACUUAUUGUAACUCAUUGUUGUCAGUAGUUUAAGGUUUUAAAUUUCAGGCAAUACGAUAUUAGGAAGAAGAAUGACAGUAAGUGAUGACGCAAGUUCCACUUAAGAAAGGAUACAUAGAGAACAAUGUAUGGCUGUCUUAACUGUUAUUCAUAGAGUAGAUUAGUUCUUCAAAAUUGUUAGAUAUUAAUAAUAGCUUAAUUGUUAUGUUUGUCACAACGUUUGAUUGUACCUUUAUUUAUUCGUUUGUCACCAUCAUCACGCAAUAAAAUCUCUCUAUCGAA